AUGAAUGGUUUAAGAGAAAUGGACCGUGAGGUACUGGGUUUGGUUCUGGCAUUGUUACUAUGGGUGGCAUGGGCCAUACUGACGGAGCGUCGACACUGGCGGUUGGAAGAGCUAGGACGGAUGCCGCCUGGGCCAACGCCGUGGCCAGUGGUUGGCAACAUAUUCCAACUGGGUUGGGCACCGCACAAAUCCUUUGUAAAAUUGGCUGGUAUGCAUGGCCCUAUAAUGACUCUUUGGCUAGGCUCGAUGUGCACGGUGGUGGUCUCGUCAAGUGAGGUGGCGUGUGAGUUGUUCAAGAAUCAUGACGUGGUGCUCGCCGGGAGAAAGAUCUAUGAAGCCAUGAAAGGAGAUUAUGGGAAUGAAGGAUCGCUCAUCACGGCCCAAUAUGGGCCACACUGGCGUUUGCUGAGGCGGUUGAGCAACACAGAGUUCUUCGUUUCAAGCCGCCUUGAUGCCAUGGCCGCCGUACGCAGCAGGUGUAUUGAUCAAAUGGUGCAGUUCAUGGCAGAAGCUGGAAAGUCCGGCACCAUCGCCAUUGAUGUUGGGAGAUUCUUUUUCUUAAUGGCUUUCAAUCUAAUUGGAAAUCUAAUGUUCUCUAAAGAUCUGUUGGACCCAAAUUCAAAGAAAGGAAAGAAGUUCUUCUACCAUGCAGGAAAAGUGACGGAGUUGGCAGGGAAGCCUAACAUGGCGGAUUUCUUGCCCAUGCUGAGAUGGCUUGACCCGCAAGGAAUAAGGAAGAAGAUGAAGUUUCACGUAAAUGAAGCCUUUGACAUUGCCGGAGGGUUUAUUAAAGAAAGAAUGGAGAAUAUGGAUAGUGAUUAUGGUGAAGACAAGAAGAAAGAUUACUUAGAUGUGCUCUUGGAGUAUCGCGGGGAUGGCGUGGAGGGACCCCAAAAGUUCUCUACAAGAACCAUCAAUAACAUUGUCUUUGUGAGCCCCUUUCCCUCUCAGUUUUUCAUAUUUCAUUUGUCUUUUUUAUUUUAUUUUCAAAAAAUUACUCAUUUUAAAACCAAAUACAAAACACAGACACAGGAAGCAAAUCUCAAUAGAGACAACUUAAUGUCAAGAUAA